ACAAUAACAAACAUUACUGUGUAUCCCGGUACCCGCUGAGUACGACGAAUUGUGACGAGGUGACUACAUCUGUAUAGUGACUUUUGACUGAACAUUUUCCGUAAUCAGUAUCCAAUACAGACCUGUGAUCGAAUUCGUUAUACGUUUUCGUUAUUUUUCGCAAUAAAACAUUUUUCUAAGUAAUAAUUCAUCGAUUUUUUUUUGUUUGCUCGUACACUUGCCGUUCAGUCGUAUCGGCUUCGAAUUUUCGACAUCGCGAAUUCUGCCAAAAGCUUAUUACAAAAUCGGUAGUCAUGUCUGAGGAACUAACGCCGGUCGACGUUGAUACAGAUUUUAUUCUAACAGUAAUGCAUAGACUAUCAACCGCCACCGGCACACGAUUGGCAGUGAACGAAUUAAACAUGUAUUUCAUUAAAAAGAACCGUUCUGAUGUAUUAAAAGCAGCUAAGCUCAUGGAUUUGAAUCUUAUUUUUGAUUGCUUGAAUACCGCAGAUAUAUUACUAAUUAGAGAUGUCUGUGCAUUGCUCCGGACAGUUUUAAGUGUUUUACAGUCAAAUGAUGUAUUUAAUAAGUAUUCAGUCAGUAUUGAACGUUCUAUUCGUCACCCAGAUGAUACAGUUAAAUCUACAGUUUUAUCACUGCUGGAAAAAUUAUUAGCCGAUGAUAAUAAUGUGGAUAUUCAAGUGGAUUUGGCAUGCACUAUUAUUGAUUGUUUAACAAACAGCGAUAUGUCUAUUUCAUACAAUGCAGUUAAAUGUGUUAAACAUUUUCGAAGUGGUGAAAUCCUUUCAUCUACUUCUAUAAUAUCAAAGUUAGAAACUAUAAUGGCAAUUAAUACAAAAAUACGUACACGUGUCUAUGAUAUUUUAAUUCAUUGGGCUAAAUCUGUUGAUGCUUUAGCAUUAAUAAGUUCCAAAGGUCUCUUUUCUAAUUUGGUUACUGACAUCAAAUAUCCAGAUGUAAUAAUGCAGGUGGUAACUGUUCAAAUGUUAAUUCCUUUGAGCAUCACUGAAUAUGGUUUUGAUUAUUUGGAUUCUCUUGGAAUUAUAAGUGGGUUAUAUCAUUUACUGAGUUCUAGUCCAAUAGAAUUGGAUAACCCUUCGGUUGUUAUACUUAACCCUAUUGUGUUGGACUUUUUCAUACAAAUUACUCAAGUCAGACCAUUUUUUAUAUUUACAUCAUAUCCUAAAGUGUUUGUUGUAAUUUAUGAAAUGUUAAAAGAAGAAGAUGAUUCACUUUUAGGAGUGGCUAUAAAUGCAAUCACUAAUUUGGCAUCUUCAUGGGAGUGCAAAAUGUUGUUAGAUAAUCCUACAGCUAGUGUGAUUUUAAAUUAUGAAGACGGUGAUCAAUUAGAUAUGUGGAGUAUAUUCAUGAUUGAGCUAAGUCGUAUUGCUUCUAGUACCAAAACUGAAUUAAAAGCAGGAGCUAUUCAAGCGAUAACAAAUAUUAUUCAAGUAGAGAAAGGUGAACUUUCUUCCAGACAUGAUAUGAUUGAGCGAACGAAAAAAUGGUACAAGCAAUUGAAAGAUAACCCAAUAAAAAAUAUUGUCCAUGCAUCAUGUAUUUUACCUUUUUUGAACAUACAGCAAGCUGGAUUUGAAAUGUUCUUGAAACUUGCUGAACAACCAUGGGGUCAAGAAGAAAUUGUUACAUGUGCACCAUUAAUGGAUCUUUUAUUUAAGGACUGCCCAACAGAUCAAAUUAUAGUAAAAAAUUUAAAAAAAAUGAUUAUUAAAACUCUAUUAGAGUCUGAUACUUCUAAAACCACUUUAAGUGAAGAGCUUUUAUUGCGAAUUCAAAAUAAUGAUGUCAUAAAAUCAAACGUACAUUCACCUCAACCUGAUGUGUUAGUAGAAAAUAUGGCCAUUUAGUUAUUAAGUUAAUUUAUCACUAUAAAAGUUAUUACUCAUAUUAAAUUAUACAAAA